AUGCCCAGCACCGGCAUAUUCAUUCUUGUCGUAGAGGAUAACACUGUCAACCGCAGAGUCGCCUCUCUUAUACUCCUGAAGCUAGGCCAUGCAGUAGCUACUGUGUGCGACGGGCAGCAAGCACUGGACUAUCUCUGCAAAACAUCCGGAAACCGCCAGCCCGACAUUGUGUUCAUGGACACUAGCAUGCCCGUUCUCGAUGGCUUCGAGGCUACUCGCCGGAUCCGCAACGACACGAACCUGUUUGACGGACGGACACGCUCACUACCUAUCAUUGCAACUCCACCAUUCACAAGGCUAGAUAAGCUAGAAAAAUACCAGGAGGCUGGCAUGGACGAUUAUUUGGAGAAGCCGCGAUACUCGUAUGUGAUUUGGGAGCCCGUCGUCAACCUUUCGAUGAUGAAGUCGAUUCUAGUCUUCUGGUCUGCUGCUGCCGUAGCAGCUGCACGUAGCGUUCUCCAUCCACAGCCUCGCUUCCCAUUCGUUACACGUAACACAACACUUCCCAGCAGCUUCAAAUGGACAUCGACACAAGCAUCAGUCUACCCGAGGAAUGAUACCCGAGCCAUCGCAGGUAUCAAAGAUCCCUCAAUCAUUUCCGUCAAUGGCACCUAUCACGUCUUCGCCAGCACAGCAAAAUCCGAGUCGCCCAACUAUUCGCUAGUUUACUUCAACUUCACUUCCUUCGACGAGGCUGGCUCUGCGCCUUUCAACUACUUAGAUCAAUCAGGAAUCGGCACCGGCUACCGCGCUGCACCAGAAGUCUUCUAUUUCGAGCCCCAGAAACUAUGGUAUCUCGUAUUCCAAAACAACAAUGCAGCGUACAGCACGAACCCAGACAUCAACGAUCCCCUAGGUUGGUCAGCGCCCACCAACUUCUAUAACGGCACGCCCGCGAUAAUUGAACAAUACCUUCCAGGUGGAUACUGGGUCGACAUGUGGGUCAUCUGCGACGAGCUAAACUGCCACCUCUUCUCCUCGGAUGACAACGGGCGCCUUUUCCGAAGCCAAACACCCCUCGCCGACUUCCCCAACGGCAUGAGUGAGCCCGUCAUUGCGAUGGAAGAGCCCUCCAAAUACGACCUCUUUGAAGCGUCCAACGUGUACAACAUCGGCAACUCAUCCUACCUGCUUCUCGUAGAAUGUAUCGGCACGGAGAACAAGCGGUAUUUCCGGUCUUGGACUAGUUCAAAUCUUGCUGGGCCGUGGGAUGUGCUGGCCGCGACGGAAGAGCAUCCUUUCAUGGGCGAGAAGAAUGUGGUGUUUGAGGGUCCGCAGUGGACGAGGAGUAUCAGUCAUGGGGAGGUUAUUAGGACGGAUGUGGAUCAGAAUCUGAGGAUUGAUACACAUGGGUUAAGGUAUUUGUAUCAGGGUGUUGACCCGAAUGUGACUACGAACUACAACAACUUGCCGUGGAGGCUUGCGCUUCUUACGCAGGUCGAGGAUGUAUACUAA